AUGGCCCAUACAAGUGUCAUGGCGGAGUAAUCAGCUGUUAAUUGCAAUGCCAACGAAUUAUUCUAAAUUAUGUCACUCACGUCUAUUUGUUUCAUGUUUUUCUAAAGUUUUUAUUGAUUUCAUUUUGGUACUUUUAGAAAAUAAUCAGUUAUAUUGUUUAUUUCAAUGUUUGUUGGAAAAGAGAAGACAAAUGGCGCGAUGUCCCUUGUCAACUGCUGUCAGCUUCAUUCAUCCAUUGUGCAGAAAAAAUGUGACCCGUUCGCUUGGUAGUUCUGUUUUUAUUUAAAAUUUAAUAUGUGCUAGAUGAACAAUAAGUGCAUUAUUUUUUUAUUAUUCCGGAUAAGGCAAAGAACUCAUCUGGUAUCGGGUUGCGUAAUAUGAAUUUGUAUUCACUUUAUAAGCUUUGUUUAUCGGGACCCUUAUAAGAAUCUUUUUACAAAGAAUAAGUGCGGCGUCGGUGUGACAUUGGUUAUUUACUCGUACAGGUGUGGCUAGUUAGGUUUGUGACAAGUUUUCAAUAUUCAAUUGUGGCAAAUUCGUUAAGAUGUCGGGACGCGUAAGAAAACAGUCCGAUUGCCCUGUCGGCAAAGGGCCGAUGAGGGCUACACUACCAGUGUCUUCUGUGAUGAAACAAAGCGGCGGGCUGAAAAAAAGCACUGGUAACAGCCCGACGCUGUCUCCUACCAACUUGUGGCGGCGGAUAUCUCCAGACCAUGCAUUAUCUGGGCAGAGAAGUCCUGGAGCUGUAAACUAUAAAGGGAAAGGGCGUUUUGGUUCUAAUGUGAUUCGACGGACAGCAUCUUUGGACACAUUGUAUCAAAAAGGGCAGUGGUCCAGAGACUACUACUUACAUGCAGGCCAGUUGCAAGUCGACAAAUCUACUCAAACUGAUGAUGGUGGUGGAGCAUCAGGUCGGUCCUCCAGAAGUUCAGAUGACGACAAAUUGGAUCGUUUCCGACGCAGCCGCUUACAAAGAGCGCACAAACCAACAGCCUCAGGAGACUCAGCCCAGUCUAUGAGCCCUGGAUACUGGUCAAGAUUCGGCACUGGCAGCGUCCCCCUACGAGCAGCUCGCUCAUCAGUGGAAGGGCUCAACCAGGAGAUCGAGAAGCUAGUGCUGUACCCGGCAAGUGGCACACAAACUCCACAUAUUGACCGAUUACGUGAUAAGGUGACACCAGAAGGUCACCGGGCCCCUCUGGCGGAGCUUCUGAGACGCUCAGUCAACACACAAACACCACAUGAUCUCUGUCACACCACUCAUUCAUCAGGCGGCAGUGUUUGUUCAUCUCCAGAUUUAGACGGAUCCAAGCUGGGUACAUCGCCACAGAUCAAUCGUUUUCUUGCACGCGAACCACCAGAUGGUUGUGAAAAGGUGAAUCUGAAAGCGGGCGAAGGCGCGUACUCCGAGCCGCUGCUGGUGCUAAAGCCGGCGGUGGGCGGGUUCACGUUGCGGGUGUCGCAGGGCUCCGCCUUCCAGCCGCUGCAGCCGCCGGAGCCCGAGGCCGAGCCGCACUGACCGACACCACACAUGACUUGAUCAAAGCCUACACAGACAAACAUACUACAAUACGCGCAAGUUACAAAAAGCAUGCAACGGUACAUUUUUAUGCAAAAUUGAUUUUCUUUACAUUUUAGUUUAUUUUGACUGUGGAUGUAAUUUGGCCAUAGUAGAGAUAACUUAAUUGUAAUUGAAUUUAUUAGCAAAAAUAAAGUUUUUUAAAGCAGGAAACGAAAGAAAGAUAGCAAUAUUUUUAUUUUUUUUAAACUUUCGCGUAAUCGAAUGAAAUGAUUUGCGAAUGAGAGCGAAACUAAUUUGCAUGAAAAGUACCAGUGCUAAAUGCUAACAGCAGUCUUUAAGUUCAACCAAAAUCUCGGUACUUGCUUUAAUCGCUGACCAUAUGUCCCUCAUACUUCACUUCAAUCCAGUAAACAUGCACUGCUCAUAGGUAUAUAAAGUUAUAUUCCGAACAGAAUACGGCCUGUAAUUGACCCUUACUCUCAAAUUCGGAUUAAUAUAUUUUGGAACUUAGUAAUCUAAAUCCGGCGAGUCACUGAUAGUGGAAAUAUGGUAAUUUGUGCACCUUCCUGUAUGUAGCUACAUGCCACUAGCCGCUAAAGCAAAUUAAAAUUCAGUAUGUUGUCUUAAAUGAAAACUUAUUCUUCUGCUGGUUCAAGAUAACCAGUACUGCUUUUUUAAAAUUAGGACAAGAGCUAAAAUUGUUUAAUGUUUUGAAUGCCAAAUAAAAACCUACAGUUCUGCGUCGGAAAACUUGUCAUUUAUGCCAGCAAAUAAAAAAAAAAGCUCUGACUGGUCAUAAACAGUCAUUUUAGUUGUUAUUUGUUUACACUGGUCGACAAAUUGCCACCUGCUGAAUUAUGUGGCCACAUCCAAUUAUCUUAAGAAAAAUCGUACUGAAUGUGGGUUUCUCUAUAUCUUUAGACUGAGGUGUACGGAGAGUAGUUUUUUUUUUUACAGAGAUCACUAUUAAGCAAGCAAUUAUUAUUUUGGCGAAUAUAUGUUUUAAAAGUGUUUUUCAUUGAUACCAACCUCAGAAUUUUAGAUACCCCGUCCAAAAAAUAAGUGUGUGUUUGUGACAUAAUCUUACAUCCGUAAUUUUAUGACCACUAUUACUUACAACAUAGUGAAAUUUUAUGUUGUUACCAUCUAAUCCGAUGUGGCCAGUCAAUGUUCAACUCCACACACGACAAAAGGAUAAUAUAAAAUACUUUUUAUUUUUUUACAAAACUUUUAAUUAUAUUCGCGAGUUGUAUGUAAACUUUCAUCACUCACCACUAACAAAUUCAAUCCGAAGUUUCAAAAAGCUUCAUAGCUUUUCAUGAAUGAAGAGUAGGUAAUGAUAUGAAGUCACAUUUGUAUUACAUGUAUCGUCUUAUACUUUGUUAUUGACAAUAAAUCGUUAGUUCACCUUGCACUCUUUCGCGAGACCUUUUUUAGAAUUACUGCAUGAUUGUCAAUUUAUAUCAAAUCAUGAUUGAGAGUAAAUAUCCUUUGUACUACAACAUGUAUAAUGUGAAUACUUUUCUAAAAAGAACCAAAGCUGUAUAAUUUCAACUUUUUUAACCAAACCAAACAAUUUUCACAUGGAUAGAAUAUUAGUUUGUGCCGAAGUGAAGGACGCAUUAUGUUAUUAUGUUAUAAUAAUAUAAUAGAUGGAUAUUUAGUAACAUUGUUUUGUAUUGUUUAUACCUCCAGCUACACCAUCUCAUUAGUUAUGACUGGAUAUGUAUUUGAUCUCAAUUUAUGUAUUAUUUAAAAUUAUGUACAUAACACUUCUUUACACAGCAAAAGUGUGUUGAUAUAAGGAUAAUCAUUUAGUGACAUUUAAUUCUCAACGUAAGUUUUACUUAUUUUGUUAAGUGUUUGGGAAAAUUUGGACCAAAUUUCUAAGAUGGCCUGAAUAUGUCUGACUGAGGUCGUCAUAAUCGAUUGCUUUACCGUUUUUCUAUUGUAAAGAGCUUUAACUCUGGAUUUUGUGAAAGAAGAUGAAAGUAAAUAGACUGAAAUUUUUAAAACUUUACUCGUACUUUGAUACAGGUAUCUUGACAAUGCGUAGCUGUAGAACUAUACAAAGUGCCUGUUUGAAUACACUAAUAACCACUUUCAUGAAUCACCUUUUUCUAAAAUCAAAGUUUGUCUUUUAAAUGAUUAUAAAACAAGACAAAAUACAGUUGUUUCAGCGCAACAUUAUAAAUAAAUGGGAUUAUUAUUGAAAUAUGUCAUAGUAUCUGUAUCAGGUGUCGCGAAGGCAUGUAUCGCGGUAUUGCUUUUCAUAACAUUUAGGAGUGACCUUAAUAUGGACCAUACCAGUUGGAUCUCUCAUUUUGGCCAAAAUGCAUUUUCAACAUCGAGACUGAUAAUGUAGAAUGUUGGAAACUUACAUAAAAUAGAUCUGCUUAUGGACGUGCGCAAUUAUUUUUUAACAUUUUGUAUACAAUUACGGCAAAUAUAUAUUUUGGAUGGCUCACCUUUGGAGAAUAGAGUAUUUUGAAUUGUAUCAUUGCUCAAAUCAAAAGUUUAUUAUGAGCCACUUAUGACAUGCCGAAUUUGAAAUGUAUUGUGAUUAUAAUAUUUCCAAUUGCUUAUGUAUAUUAGUAUAUAUUAAUUAUUCAGUAAAAUUCAGUAAAUGAAUGUGAUAAGUAAGUGAAUCGUUUGGAUAUGAAUGUUGAUUGUGACUUAACAACUUCAGGAACUGAUUUCGCUUUCGCAAUGUGAUGCGGUUUUUACAUUGUACAAACAAGAUGCACAAAGUGAACAGUAUCCGUUAGUUGGGAAGUGUACGAAGGUGCUGCGUAGAGUAGGUGUACAGUGCGUGACUUGUGACAGCUGCGUUCAGAUGCGGCCUCUUGACUCGAACGCAGUUUCUACCUCACUGGAAUCAGCGAUUCCAGUGCGUAAUAAACGUAAAUUACUCUUGAACGAUAUCCAGAAAGUUUUUCAUUGUCAUAAUUGAAUUACCAUUUUACAUAUAUUAAUAGUGGUAGUUAAAAUUUUUAACGUGGAAGAAAGCCGAGCCAGUAUUUAAAAUCCGGAUGUUUGAUAAUAAGUGCAAUAUAUAACUGUAGUAUUGGAAUACUAGCGAACCCAUAUUUUAAUAUCACACCUUCAUUGGCUUCAUCAAUAUCUACAAUUCUUUCGAAAUGCUUUCUGUUGAUCACUUUAAUAUAAACACAUUUGUAAUAGCGUAAACUUAAUGCUUUGCUUCCUAUCAGCUUCCAUGUCGCUUUUAGAACCCCAUGUUUCGAUACAAACAAUAUGCUUUACUAACAAUAUACAAUACUGAUGUCACAGGUCCAGGUUGUAAUUUAGUAUUUGUGUAAGUAACUCCCAAUAAAAUGUUACCUAAUUUAAGGAUUAGUAAUUUUUAGUAAAGUGACCUAUGAAGUUAUUAGCUGUUAAUAAAUGUGUGCUAUAAAUGGUCCCUUAAUAUAUUAAAUAACAGUGGUGGCCGGGAGCCUUAAGAUGUUACAACUCUCGAUCACUUGAAUGCUAACCAGUGAGUUGAGACAUCUUUAUUUGGAUGUCCCAAAUGUUUUAAAAAGUACAUAAGAUAUUUUUAUAUGUUGGGUAGAAGACGUGCGAGAUGUAAAAAGUAACAUGGCUAGGACCUAGAAUUAAUAAUUCUUUUAUAGACAGUUAAUAUUAUUUUAAAGUUGCUUUUAGAUGAUUGAUAAGUUUGUAAUUUUUAUUACUAUGAUAUUAGAUUAAAUACUAACAUUUAAACUAAACCAAAAGUGCCCAUUGAUAUAAGUUUAUAUUUCUGGCAAGCCUUUUGUUAGGCAUUUUGUUAAAGAAUAA